AUCAAGCUCGGACAAAAAGCGAGAUGAUUCAGUGUUUCCCAAUGUUCUUUUCUGCAACGCACUUUAAAGGUGACUUGGCGGCAUUGUGUUUUGAACAAGAGAUGCGACUUUGUCUAACUACAUUCGCUCUUUCGCUGAUCGGCUUCUACUUCAUCACACAUCACACAACAAGUGCAGAUUACGAGGAAACGAUGGAACGAGCGAGGGAACACAGAAUGGAGGAACUGAAUCAGGCAGCUGGUAACAGUGGAGGGGUGGCGGGCUGGAGGAGGAAGAGAAACGUUGAAGAAAUGAAUCCAAGACUUGACGAAAAAACUGCGAAGGCUUUUGGACGAAAGUAAAAAGAGAAAACUCGAUUUCGAAAAAACAAUUGUCAUUGGGUUACGGUAAUAUUUCAUAUCAAUAAAAGUGAAAAUUUUCGGUACCGUGAUGAUCGACAAAUCACUCAAAUCUUACCUCUGCAUAACUCAAAAAGAUGUAGUUUGUUUCAGCGCCACUGUUCAGGCUUAUUAUGGUCACAUAACAGAGGCAGCACGUUGCGUGACAAGCUGUCAUAUUAGAUUAAAAUUGGUGUACAACGAAGAAACUCGACACUGAAAAACUACCAAAAAAAUGAAAAACCAAAAAGAAACAAAGGGAACCAAAGCAAAAACAGUUGAUUGUGUAGCACUAUCGUCCAGGUGAGGCUAAUACUCAAAAGGGCGUUUUUAUCACGGAAGUCUGCAAUUCUUCUUUACUAGUGAGGUAUGCCCAGGUUCG